CCCUGUACACAAUCCACCCGACGUAACGACGUAACGUUACGCCAUGCUGCUUCGGUAUUCACCUAAAAUAACAAAUGACGCUAUCUUUGAACCCUCAAGCCGUCGAACUGACGUUGCGAACCUCUUCACGUGUCACCAGCAACAUUCAAAGAAGAGUCUCUUUGACGAGACUCAAACACGUGUUUUGUCAGUUCGGGCUAAAUCCCACGCGCUCCCUACAAACGGCCACAAGAUGGCGGCGUUGCAGCAGCGACGAGACGAUGACAGUGCGUAUGUCUGAGGAGGUGGGAUUUCCUCUCCUCAAAAUCCUCCUACUCCUCCUAGGGAUGUGUCGGCGCGCGGUGCACCUGUGUUAUCUACUGUAUGGGUCAUCAUCCGCUGAGAUGCUCCGCUUUGACCGGUGCCACCAAUAGCCUCUCGAUACGCGUUGAACGAGAUAUCCGAGGCCUCGACUCGCGGUAGAACAAUGUGCUGAUUUCCUUUCUCUCUUUCGGGGUGCAGCAGUGAGACAGCGUCUUUGCCGGGUGACACAUCAUUUAUCUGGACAAGGACACCAUGUCGGACAAAAGUGACUUAAAAGCAGAGCUGGAGCGCAAGAAGCAGCGCCUCGCCCAAAUAAGACAGGAAAAAAAGAUAAAGGAGGAGGAGAGGAAGAAGAAAGAGGUAAGGAAAAAAUCCGAGAGCCAGCAGAAGAGAGAGGCCACUCCGGAGGAUUCAGACUUGGACCGAAAGCGUCGGGAGACCGAGGCCCUGCUCCAGAGCAUCGGCAUCUCACCGGAGCCUCCGCUAGUCCAUUCUUUGCAGCCUGUAAUGUCAGAUUCAUGUUUUUUUCAUUAUUUAGUCCCGACCCCUGUGUCACCCUCCAAAUCAGGAAGCACACCUAGCGAGGCGGGGAGCCAGGAUUCCACUGAUGGAGCAGCAGCAGCAGCAGGCAGCUUUUACAAAUUGGAUUUUACAAAUAGGUCAGGUUUCUCUAAAAACAAGUCCCAAGCACAGAGCUCAAGGACGCUGCAGUGGGACGCAGACCCCUCUGUGCUGCAGCUGCAGGCUGAUUCUGAGCUCGGGCGCAGGAUGCAGCGGCUGGGAGCCUGUAAGAUCACACAGGUAGACUUCCUUCCCAAGGAGGUGGUGGCUUACUGCAAGGAGACGCAGACGCCGCUCACCGCCCACCUGUCUGAAGUGGAGGAAGAAGAGGAGGAUGAAGAGAUGAUGGAGGCGAAGCCAGGCCCCGAGUCUGAGCAGCAGGAUGAAGAGGACAACAGGGAAAACACAGAAGGCUCAUUUCCAGUCCUGCGUGAACUGACAGAGGAGGAGAGGCAGCAGAUCCUGCACUCCUCUGAGUUUCAGAGUUUCUUCGACUGCAGCAUCCGGGUGAUGGAGAGAGCUCUGGCCGAGGACGGAGACAUCUUCUUUGACUACAGCGGCCGGGACCCGGAGGACAAAGACGGGGACUCGGCCAGCGGCUCCAGCCUGUCCUUCAGUAGACUCUUCUACGAUGAACACUGGUCGAAACAUCGCGUGAUCACAUGCCUUGACUGGUCCACUCAGUAUCCCGAGUUGCUGGUUGCCUCCUAUAACAAUAAUGAAGAUGCUCCCCAUGAACCUGAUGGUGUUGCGCUUGUAUGGAACAUCAAAUUUAAAAAGGCCACACCAGAAUACAUCUUUCACUGUCAGUCUCCAGUGGUAUCGGUGGGCUUCGCCAGGUUUCAUCCCAACCUUGUCGUGGGCGGGACCUACUCGGGACAAAUCGUCCUGUGGGACAACCGCAGUCACCGCCGGACGCCCGUCCAGAGGACGCCUCUGUCUGCCGCUGCUCACACUCACCCGGUGUACUGCGUGAACGUGGUCGGCACACAGAACGCCAACAACCUGAUCACUGUGUCCACAGACGGACGGAUGUGCUCCUGGAGUCUGGACAUGCUUUCCCAGCCACAGGAGUCCAUGGAGCUGGUAUACAAUAAAUCCAAACCUGUAGCGGUGACAGGCAUGGCUUUUCCCACGGGAGACGUUAACAACUAUGUGGUCGGGAGUGAGGAGGGAACUGUGUACACUGCAUCCAGACACGGCAGCAAGGCGGGUAUCUGUGAGAUGUUCGAGGGCCACCAGGGGCCGGUGACCGGCAUCAGCUGCCACAGCGCAGUGGGCACCGUCGACUUCUCCCACCUCUUCAUCACGUCCUCCUUCGACUGGACCGUCAAACUCUGGAGCACCAAGCACAACAAGCCUCUGUACUCGUUUGAGGACAACGCCGACUAUGUGUAUGACGUCAUGUGGUCGCCCGUGCACCCUGCAACCUUCGCCGCCGUGGAUGGGAUGGGCCGCUUGGACCUGUGGAACCUCAACAACGACACUGAGGUCCCGACUGCCAGUGUGACGAUUGAGGGGGCGUCAGCCCUCAACAGGGUACGCUGGUCCACGGGGGGAAAGGAGGUGGCUGUGGGAGACUCGGAAGGGCGAGUCUGGAUCUACGAUACUGGAGAGCUGUCGGUGACCCACACCGAUGACUGGGGGCGCUUCGCUCGUACCCUGAUGGAGAUUCGUGCUAACCGAGGCGACGGCGAGGAGGAGGGGCCUAUGGAGCUGGCUUCGUAGAGCGGGACCCUGAAACCCGACGAGGAGGGGAUUCGAGGCCACGGCGGUGUACUAUGAAGCAGAAUUAGAAGGGUUUGCGACGUGUGUUGAGUUGUCAAUGUCAUGAACAUUGCUCGGGGUCGAGGCGACGCGUCGGCUGGAGUCCCAACGUUCAUAGGGUUUUUUUGUUUUCUUUUCGCGCUCUCUCUGAACUGCUGAAUAUGCCGUUGUGUUCUCUGGCCUUUUUGCCCACGCCGGCUGAAAAAGAAGCUCUCUAUAGGGGGAAGCGACUCUGAACAGAAGGUCCCUUCACGUCAUUUAUUGUGAUAUUAAACCUUUUUCUUUUCCCACUGCAUAUCAUAUAUACACUAAAGGAAAAGAUGCGUUUCCAUUGCUGCCGUCUGAUUGGCUGCUCGCUCCGGUUCGCCCUCGACCGCAGUAGGCGGCGUGCUAUCGACCCACGUCUUCUUGCAGCUCACAGAGGAGCCUGAUGAAGAAGACCGGUGGUGUCCAUUAUCGCUGAUUGUGGAGUUUUAGUCGCUUCGUAGCCUGGAGGCGCUACCGGCGUCACUGUAGCAUGUGUGUCUCAAACUGUUUUUGGUUGGGUUUUUUUCUCCCCCGUUUCGUUCAUUUUGGGGACUGCAUCCACUCUCCUGUAAACUGUGUGUGUUAAUGGUUACGCUGCUGACCUGUUACCGAUUUCUUUCUUCAGUGAAUUGAGGUGAUGCCGUGAGCCUACUGUAUAUAAGAAGUGGCUUAUAGCCUUAUGAAGAUGUCUGUACUGUGACGAUGCUUUGCACUAUCCUAAAAGUGAUGCAGGUUCCAUAGACUAGUCGUGUAUUGUUUACAAAAUGUCAUGUUGACUUUCUGUUGUGCUUCUUUUCUCUGUACUGCAUGCGACACAUUCCUGAAAUAUUCCAGAUUCAUCAACACAGAGUGAUAAUGGUGACGUUUGUGGCUGCUCUAUGUCAGUGUUUCAGGGCGGCAGAAACGGAACAAAGUGUGCUGUUGGCACUUUGUCUUUUGUUCUGAAGAAGAGUAACGUUUAUAUUUAAUAACAAUAAGUGAAUUACCAAGAGACGUAAUGUGACGCAGAAUGCUGGAUGUUAAACGUGUUAUGUUUACUAUUAAAGCCCAGCUGCUGAA